AUGACUUGCGACAACUGCACCAUUCAUGGUGUGUUUGCUCAGGAGGAAGGACUCGAUUGGAAGAAAGUGGACGUCGACUAUUAUGGGCCAAAGAUUGGUAUUCAAAUGACACGAAUCGAGACAAUAGUCGUAUCCAAUGCUAGUGCCUAUGACUCAGGAUUUUAUCGAUGCAAUAGUUUUAGCCGUAAUUAUCAUCGCUUGGAUGUGAUCACAUCUGAACCCAUUUCUUCAACUGCUGAUCCCAUACCCGAACCAAACAUUGCAUUUGAAGAGAUCAAAGAAGAGCUCUCUACAACAAUUAAGUUUAAAAAUGGCAUAAAAAUCGAGAUUGACGACAGGAGAACAGUAGAAGAGUCUAACUUAAUAAUAAGGGAUGCUACCAGUGUUGUCGAUUCUGGAGACUACCUGUGCCGCGUUGACUCUUUGUCUUCCAGGGGUGGCUCACAAUUCGGACAAAUGAUUCAACUCAGAGCACCGAUUCGAGUGAAACCCUUUCCAAACACAGACAGUGUUGCAGAGGGUGACAGACGGGUCAUACGCUGUGAAUAUACGGGAUAUCCUGUCGGCAAAAUUCGUUGGCUUAUCGGUAGUAUUUGCUUCAUAUGA